CUAUCAGCAGGCUCCUACAGCAGGAUCAGAUUGCAUUUCUCUCCUUAUAACUCCACCCUCCAACCCCAAGUACAAGCUCCAACAAGAAUGAAAGAAGAGAAUCAAGCACAACACUGUUUUUAACUCUUCCUCAGGCACUGGAAUUCGUUGUUAUACUCUAUUAUUUGGGAAGUGGGAAGGGAGACAGCAGAACUGAAUGAAGUAUUCAGGGUAUCAUUGCAGCAUAGAGGAAAUAUGAAUGAAAUGAAGAGGGGCUGUGUCUUAGUUCCUACUUUAUUCCUGUUGCUCAGCUGUAUCCCUUGGCAAGUAACUGCAGAUCCAGAGGAUGGAGAGGAUGAGGACAUUCCAGUUGCUGUAUCAUCACCACUGAAACUCGGACAUUCAAUUUGUGCAAUGAAGCUAGAUGAAGGCCCAUGCAAAGCAAUACUUGUGCGGUAUUACUUCAACAUUCAAAACCGCAAGUGUGAAACAUUUGAAUAUGGUGGAUGCAAAGGCAAUGAAAACAACUUUCUAACAUUAGAAGAAUGUGAGAAGAAGUGUGUGGUUACAGAUCACCCGAUGAAGAAAAAGAAAGGAAAAUUUAACACAGAAAAACCCAAGUACUGUUUCUUGGAGCAAGAUGCUGGAAUCUGCCGAGGGUAUAUUCCCAGGUUUUUCUAUAACAAAGAUUCAAGACUGUGUGAAAAAUUCUGGUAUGGUGGGUGCCUAGGAAAUCAGAACAACUUUUGGUCCUUAGAAGAUUGCCAGAGGACCUGCCAGGACAGCUUUAUUUCAAUGCAAGAUGACCAGGACAUAGCACUUCCCAGAAAGUCCUCAGAGUUAAAGCCCAAUAACUUUCCCAGGUCUCCUGAACAAUCACCCCUCCCUUCUUUCUGCAUGAGUCCUAUGGACAGAGGCCUUUGCAGAGCCAAUGAGUUAAGAUAUUUCUUUAACCCCUUAACUGGAAAAUGCCGUCCAUUUGGCUACAGUGGAUGUGGUGGGAAUGAAAAUAACUUUAUCUCCAGAAAGUCUUGUAUAAGGACAUGCAUGACAGGUUUCAGCAAAAAGCAAGGAAAAAGAGGCUUAUUAAAAAUCAAGAGGAAAAGAAAGAAACAGCCAGAGAAGGUGGUGAGAGAUGAAAUCAUCAUUGAAAGGAUAUAAUCUGUACUCUCUCAGAAAAAAUAUGAAGUAUUCCACAUUUCACCUGUGAAUUAAAAUCUUGACUAUAUGCCACUUUUAAAUGUUUACUAUACUGAAUGUUUUUAUUAUACAUUAUUAACCUACUCAGAUUUUUUAUAAGAUUCCUUAUUAGAAUUAUUGCUUAUUCAUGUUUGCAUUAGCUUUUUUCCUUGGUAAAUGUAGUUAAAAUGCAAUUUGGAAACUGAGCUGACAAAGGACAGAACUUGUGUGUCGGAGUCAUAAUAAUUCCUAAAUGAGGGUUCAUCAAGAUUUUUUAUUGACCUCUUAGCCAUUUCCUGGCAACUGCUCUUUCUCAAAACUAUAAUGCUGUCACAUAGAAGCACUCAUAUUUUAAUCAAAGAUUAAGAGAUAUAGGGUUACGACUAAAUGGAAGAAACCGUCACUGAAGCUCGUACAUAUCAACUUUAUUGAUGUUCAUGGUAUUAGACUGCUGGAAACCAGCUGUGAAAUCAGUUAUCUUCAUGGAGAUCACAAAGGAUAAUAUGCACAUUAUAAAUGUGUAGAAGAAUAUCACUAGGAAUCUCCGCAAUGUUUAAUGCAUAUUGUAUGCAAUAGAUGUUUAAUGAAUAUCUCUGCAGCCAAAGUCACUAAGCCUAUUCUUGCUAGGACUGAUAUAUUAAUAGUUUCCAGAAAUGUAUAUUUCUGUAAAGUUAAAAACAAAAUAAAUUCCCUUCAUAGGUCCAGAUAUAAGUCAAAUUAGUCACUUUGAAGGUCACAUUACACUUUCUCUUCAUUUGAAAUAUA